AUGGACAUGGUGGCUGGCAGGUUGCCGAGUACUGUUGUUAUCUUGGUUACUAUCGCGGUGAGGGUAUUGAUUAGAUAUCUCCGUGGUCGUCUACCGUCGCUUCUGGCUAGCCGAUUGACCCACAAGGCUGGGAAUAUAGACUCCCGUGUAAUCGAAUCGGCAUGCAAGGAGGCAUUUAUGGUAGCGGAUCAAGGAUUGGAGGAACAUGCACGAGAAGCUCAGAAGUUGGGAUUUUCCCAGCCUGUCAAGACCGGCGCAUGUGGGUUGGCAUUGCUCAUCACACAGACCAGUUUGGUGGUGGCGAAUGCUGGUGAUUGUAAAGCAGUCCUAUACAGAGAUCAGUGUCCUGCGUUGGCUCUGAACAUGCAGCAUAACGCUAGUGAUGUACGAGAACAGAGACGGCUUGAACUGGAGCACCCUAAUGAGGACAACGUUAUAAGGUGUAAGAAGGAGUGGCAUGAACCGGUUAUAGUAGCUGUUCCUAAGA